AGUCUGUUGGGCUAUAAAAAAUACAAGUGGGAAUAUGAACGCUAUGAUUUGUCAACUCCAAGACCUACCGCCUUACAUGGAGUCCGAAAACAAGAGUUUCGAACCGUGGCGUGACUACAUGAAGUUAGCUGACCUAGUGCGUGAGAUGCAGUUAGGCAAGUUCACCCCAGAACCGUCAACCGUUGAGGGUCAUGACUCCGGGAUAUGGUCGACCAUGGUGGAAUUUGAGGAGUUUCCGCCGCGAGCCUUGCUGUCACCGAUAACACCCGUGGCGACACCACCCCUAUGGCACGAAAUGGAACCCCUGGAUUCCGAAAUCGUCCUCUUGCAUGAAGACGCUCCUUUAUCGCCGAGCAGCACCAAGGGUUCCGAGCCCCCUACAGCACCGUCCAGAUCCCCCGCUGGCACCUGGGACCAGAGUGGGAGAAACACGCCGGAGGAGGAGGUGCCAUCACCCGAGCGCAAGUUCUGCAGCUUCUGCAAAUACAACGGGCAGCCCGAGUCGGUGUUUCUGUCCCACAGCAUCAAGAACCAAGAUGGGGACAUGAUGUGCCGGUACCUGCAGCUAAGUCUUUGCCCUCUCUGCGGGGUCACCGGGGCCCAAGCCGCCACCAUGCACCAUUGUUCACCAUUGGUGUAAAGUACUUUAGUGAAGUACUUGAAAUUACUUCUUAAGUAGUUUUUGGGGUAUCUGUCCUUUACUUGGGCAUCAGAAUGGCGCAGCGGUCUAAAGGCACUGCAACUCAGUGUUUGAGGCGUCACUACAGACAGGGUAUCGCACAGCGUCGUCCGGGUUUGGCCGUCAUUGUAAAUACGAAUUUGUUCUUAAUUGACAUCCCUAAUUAAAUGACGGUUAUUACUUUUACUUCACUACAUUCCUAAAGAAAAUGAUGUACUUUUUACUCCGUACAUUUUCCCCGAUACCCAAAACUAUUAUUCAGAUGUUUUAUGCUCAUCGGGACACGACAAUUGUGUAAUUCACACACUUAUCAAGAGAACAUCCCUACUGCAUCUGAUCUGGCCGACUCACUAAACACAAGCUUCGUUUGUAAAUGAUGUCUGAGUAUUGGAGUGUCAAAUCA